CAUACAUCAUCGAAGGAGGGGGAAGGGAGAGAGAAAGCCAAACAAAGGGAAAUCACUCUUCUGUCGGCGGAGUCCUCUUUACAGAAUCUAUCAUGGAUGCCGAAGCAAUCAUUUAUGAUUACGUUUCUGCCGAAGAUUUAAAGAAGUAUGAACAGCUGUAUCUCGGUCAAGAGAAGCGAGGCGUGAUCCAUGAAAGUACUUAUUUUGAUUAUGCUCUCUGUUUAAUCCGGAGCAAAUAUUCAAACGACAUUCGGAAAGGAAUAGCAUUUCUUCAAGACAUCCUACAGAAAACCAAUGAUGAUCAAUCUCGCCGAGACUACCUCUAUUAUCUUGCCGUGGGCUUUACCAAGUUGAAAGAAUAUGAACAUGCACUACAAUACAUAAAGAUGGUUUUGAAUCUUCAGCCUGAUAAUCGCCAAGCAAUUAGCAUGGAGCAAUUUAUCAAGAAAAAAUUAACCCGAGAAGGCCUGAUGGGAAUGGCUAUAAUUGGCGGUGCCGUACUAACUAUUGGAAGUCUGGUUGGUCUCGGAGUUGCUUUGGCCAAGAAAUAAAAUGGACAAUGGACCUUUAAUGUUGGACAUUGAAAGUUCAACUUGAUGAACUCUUUUGGCUGUGCUGAGAAAAAAAAAAAAAAAAAAAGAAAAGAAAAGAAAAAGAAAAAGAAAAAUUCAAAACUAAAUGCAGACAC